GACAAGUUAGUGCGUGCGUUAAGUUCAAGGGCUGGCCAUGCUGUCAUUAGCCAAGAUUACUUAAUUGUUUAAGUGAAAAAGCCUAUAAUAGCCUACAUAUUUAACUGGGACUCAAAGAAAGGCGUUCUUAAUCAUUUCUAUGAGUCAGUGGGCAGUCUCCAGCACUUGAAUAAAAGCUCCAGUUUACUGCUCAGCUGCCGUAUUGGAUGGAGUCCUGUGCGCUUGACGCUCCACUGGAACAGGAGACCUGCCAGAUUACGCACGGGGAGUUCGCCAAGUACGCCUGUACCGCGAGGAGACGGGAGGGCAGAGAAUUUUGAGAACAAAGCUAACGAUUUUAUGUUUUUUGUUCUACGAAAGGGAAGAGUUUGUUACUUCAUCCCUGUAUACAGAGUGAAGUUUUGAGACAUUUUAAUAUAUUUUUCUCUGUACCAUGUGGUCCUUUUGAGAUUAGUAUAAAGGUAAGUGCAUAUCUCAAUUUUAUGAAAGUGAAGUAAAGUACAUUCAUGUGUCUACCAUACCGUGUGUCUAUGGAAGCCUAUUUCAAAUCUGCCAAGACAAUACUGGGACUGGGAAUAUGAAGUCUUCCUUUUAGGCUUUGUUUGUUCAUGACAUAAACUCAUAGGCUACGUCGAAACUAGUGGCGAGAAUGGAAUGUGUCAAAGCAGUCACCUUGACAAAUGACUCAUCAACAGCUUUGAGCAUACAAUUGAAGGUCCUAAACAAGGAGGGAUUGUCAGGUGGAGCCUGUUUGCUCGUCGCUAACAUACCUGAUCCAGAAUAACUCGUCUAUCAGUUUAUGAGCUCUGUACUAGUGAUGCUGUGCCAUGACUACCCACGGAGUGACAGGUGCUAGGUAUAUUGUAAUAACUACCUGCUAUAGAGAGUGUAAUAACUGUGUUAUAAAUGACAAGGACUCACCAGUGGAGGGACCUACUGAACAAGGUGCGCAUUGUUCUUGGCUAUGCUUGGGGAUAACCUGUUGCAAAAUGACUGAUACUUCACUUCAGCUGAGAUGGUUGAGUCAGUGUCAGUUUGGAGUUCAAACUUUGGGUUGAGAGUUUGGUAUUUACAUUAAAUAGAUUUACACUGAAGAAGUGUUUGGGGAGGGAAGGAAGGAGGAAGACAUUUUCCCAGGGGAGCUGUGGGAGAGUGUUCUGUUCUCACCAGCUGUCUCCCCUGAGAUUAUUGAGAGUCAACAACAUGAUAUUGAUAUUAUAGUAAACCGAAACAUCACCGUAUUAUUACAUUCAUUCUAUUACUGUACAGCCAUUGUUCAGGCUAUCAGGGAAGUAGUCUUAUACUGUACACCUACUAUUGUGUUAUUGUUUGACCUGGCCUCCUUUCCUUAAAGCGGUCCCUCCUCUCUCUGUUUUCAGACUGUGUUUAAGGAGAUUAAAAGGUUAUUCAGAGUGAGAGCAGACACGUUCCCAGACUUUCUCUCCAAGGACUGCUCGGAAACCCCUGACCCUUCAUGAGAUGCCCACGAGUCGCCUGGCAUUUGACCCGAUAAUCAUGGACGCCCGGGAGCAGGCCAAUCCGAACCUUCACUUCGGGGUCAACGGGGGUCACGAUGGCACUAAAAGAAACUCCCGGAGUAGACCAUGUGUGAGUAUAACUUAUAUGAAACCCUUUUAGUUAAUGGUUUAUUCUCUUGGUAUCUUAGGUCAAAAGUUCUCAAUAGUUCUCCCUUUGUUCACAAUUUAUGCACCCAUGUUAGGGGGGCAUGGCGUUGAAGUAUUCACCCACCUGUUCCUGGUUUAGAGCAGUUGCUUUUCAUUGUGUGACUGUAAAAAAAACCUGACUGUGCUGUUUAUACAGAAAAGUCUGUCUCCAUGCCCCCCUCUGUCAUGCUGUCAGUGAGAAAUUACACAGGAUUAACCACUACAUCCUGUUGCAUGCCUCGGGGAUGACAUACACACACACACACACCACGGAGACUGAUGGAAACCGGUUAAGGUGCAUUUUUGUAGGUCCUGCUUCACACAACAAAAGUCAGUGGUCUUUGGGUUUGGUUUCGAUGGGGUUGGUCUGCAGGUGUAUGCGUGCGUGAGUGCAUGUGUGUGUGAGUGUGCACAUGGGUGCGUGCGUACAUGUGUGUGUGUGUAUGUGUGGCUCAGUAGAACAGGUAGGUCUGUGUUGUGGUAAAGAUUUACUCUGGUAAAGGUUGAUCUCUCCAUCCCUACAGUGAUACCUAGCAACGAGAUGGCAUCCUGCUGCUGUGGUAAUCUGUUCACUCUAGUAAUCACAGGCACAGGGUCGUAACCUGAAACAGCAAACAAAAAUAUUUGGUUUGUCACUGAUUGACAGUGGUGGUAAUUGUCGAUGAAAGGUGUAUGGGUGCAUCUGUAUUUUCUUUUCUUGUUGCAAUAAAAAUUGGCCAUUGUCAGCCAGGUAUUUGGGUCUGUGUGCGCUUCCCAGGUUUGUGUGUCUACUGCCUACGUGUGUAUUUAGAUGAUACAUUGUUUUAUGGGGAUCUACAGUAUAUAUAGCUAGGCUCUAGCUGGAUUGUGCAUUCUGUUGACCUAAUACCUUUUUCCUAAACCCAUUUAAGGUUCAUUUUAAACAGUCUAACCAGGAUGCCCUUUGAUUCAGCGCAUUAUCUUGAGUGAAACAGACCCCAGGGAGAAGUGGAAAAAUCUAUAGUCAGUGUCAUCCAGCAGCCGUCAAAGCAGCCCUAUCAUUGGAUACACUAUGCCUAUUCUAUUGUGUUGUGUUCGUGGCUGAAUGUGCUCUGUACAGAGGGACAGGUAGUGAUGUAACAUGUAGGCAGUGAGGCCUCCCUGUGGGAGGGGCUGGAGGGUGUAGGCUCCUCCCUCCAGGACGGGGGUCUCUGAGCUAGGUUGGGGGGAUUAGAAGGUUGGGAGGUGGGAGAGCAUAAACAAGCAGCCCUGUGUUCUCACCGUCGCACAUACAUACACAAACAUACGAGAGAUGGCAGGCAGCUGGAUGGAUUGGGACACAGGGUCUCUCAGUUAAGAAUCGUGCAAAAAUGUUGGCAGUCAGAUGUCCACCCGCGCCGUGCGCCGAACGAACGUCAGACGAACGGCAGAUCAUCAUUCGAUGUAGUGUGUGUGGUCCUUUAGAGUACGAGGGGAAAGGCUAAACGAACAAGAUCUGUGUUUGUUUCCAUCCUUUACAUAACUUUUUUGGGCAACAGGAAGUAUAUUCCAUACACUAGACCUGAGAUGGAAUAGGAGAGACAUUACUGUGACAUACAGUAUAGUAUAACAGUAACUCAUGUGUGACCCAUUACCCCUUAACCAAAGAGCACCUUUAACCUAUGUUUUUGAUGAUCUACUAGUGUGUCCCUGUAGCCGGCGCUUCCCAUCCAAGUAACUCAUGUGUGUUGUGUUGCCCUGUGCUCUGUGUCGACCUCUACAGGAGGAUAAGGCGCUGCAGUUCCUAAGCCAGGAGGAGCAGGAUUGUAUCCUGUUCUUUGAGGAGACCAUCGACUCCCUGCUGACUACCCCAGCAGUAGCUGAGCUUGAUGGACCAAGACCCCCCAUCCUGGCAUCCACCCCCAGCCCCAGCCCCAGCCCUGUACCACCCCUUUCAGCCUUGGACAGACCCACCAGCCCCAAGGACCAGGACAUCAUAGACCUGGUUCACCCAGCACAGCCUGAUCUGGUCCAGCCCAUACAGGCACCGUUCAACCCCCCCAUGCCAGGUACAGCACAGUCCACUCCUCGCUCCACCCUUAACAGUACUGUUUACAUUUGAUUAUGAUUAUCAGUCCCUUGGAUCAUUAGAAUUGCUACAGUCAAAUGAGAUCAGACUUUAUCACUAUCAUCAGAAUGACAGAUUACUCAGCAUUGACAUUUGUACUACAAGAUUUGUGAUUCUACAAGAGAUAUGAUUCAGACUUUCCAUUGACCCAAUGUUUUUUUGAAGAUAUAGACUUGCCAUUGACCUUGUCUUUUGAAGAUACAGAAUGUAUAGAGAACUGAUGAGUUUACUUCUCAAACUCUUUCUCUUCGCAGAUUUCACCCAGAAUAUGGUGAUGAACAACCCUGAGAGGCAUUUUGAGAACAAGCCGAGGCGCGAGGCGAUGGAAAACUUUCCUACAGAGUACAACCUGCCCCUCCCUGGCAAGGACAGUGCCCCCUAUGGCCACGCCCUGUACCAGCCUGUAGGCUCCGUCCCCACCCCCGUCCUCAUCGCCCAGAAGAUCGCAGAGCACCAGGGGAGCGGGGGGAACACUAACAUCCUCUCUUCCUCCCUCCUGUCCAACCGCCAUAGAAGCCUCGACUUAGAGAACAUAAAGAGACCACCUACCUCCCCGGAUUAUCCAAUCAAACAGGGCCCGAACACCUCAGCCAAGCCCACCCAUUACCCCGGCAACAUCAGCAUGAUAAUGGGCAGCAACCAUCACCACAGCCAUUCGCUGGCCAGUGUGAACCUCCAGGACAGGAAGUCUCAGAUGCUGGCUAACCUAUCAGGGACGUCCCACCCUGUGGAGGCGGAGGAGCUCCAUGAGCUGCAGAAGGUCCGGGUAAACCUUCCCACCCGCAGUGAGUCCUUCAGGGAUCCCACUCCAAAUAAAUCCCGGAUGGAGGCACUGUCCAAACUGGGCUUGACCCGAAACCGCUCCCCGUCAGGGGAUCUCUCUCUCCUAAUCACCCCCAACAGCAGCACAAACACCAAACCCGCUGCUGCCCCGAUUCCGGUUGCCACCCCUACACCCGUUCCUACGCCUACCCCUAUACUGACACCCGUGAGUAAACCAGAUGUGGCAGACAGGCAAAUCCUUGCCACCAGCAACAGUAACACCAGCUUUCACGCCAGUUCAUGACAACAAGCCGCUUCCCCCGCCCGAAGUCUAAUCCAAGGACUUUAACAGCUAUGGCGGGAAGACCAUUGUGGUGAAAACCCCCUUUAAAGGUGGGCUGCCCCCCCCCGGGGGUCCCCCCUCCACGGAGACUGAGGGAAACCCGUUAAAGGUGCAGUUUUGUAGGUUCCCUGCUCACAACAAAAGUCAGUGGUCUUUGUGUUUGGUUUCAACUGGUUUGUCUGCCGGUGUAUGCGUGAGUGCAUGUGUGUGUGAGUGUGCACAUGGGUGCGUGCAUAGUGUGUAUGUGUGGCUCAGUAGAACAAGUAGGUCUGUGUUGUGGUAAAGAUUUACUCUGGUAAAGAUUGAUCUCUCCAUCCCUACAGUGAUACCUAGCAACGAGAUGGCAUCCACCCUAGUAAGAAACAAAACUAUUUGGUUUGUCACUGAUUGACAGUGGUGGUAAUUGUCGAUGAAAGAUGUAUGGGUGCAUCUGUAUUUUCUUUUCUUGUUGCAAUAGAAAUUGCCCAUUGUCAGCCAGGUAUUUGUGUCUGUUUGCGCUUCCCAGGUUUGUGUGUCUACUGUCUACAUGUGUGUAUUUAGCUGAUACAUUGUUUUAUGGGGAUCUACAGUAUAUAUAGCUAGGUUCUAGCUGGAUUGUGCAUUCUGUUGACCUAAUACCUUUUUCCUAAACCCAUUAAGCUUCAUUUUAAACAAUCUAACCAGGUUGCCCUUUGAUUCAGCGCAUUAUCUUGAGUGAAACAGACCCCAGGGAGCAGUGGAAAAAUCUAUAGUCAGUGUCAUCCAGCAGCCGUCAAAGCAGCCCUAUCAUUGGAUACCCUAUGCCUAUUGUGUUGUGUUCGUGGCUGUAUGUGCUCUGUACAGAGGGACAGGUAGUGAUGUAACAUGUAGGCAGUGAGGCCUCCCUGUGGGAGGGGCUGGAGGGUGUAGGCUCCUCCCUCCAGGACGGGGGUCUCUGAGCUAGGUUGGGGGGAUUAGAAGGUUGGGAGGUGGGAGAGCAUGAACAAGCAGCCCUGUGUUCUCACCGUCGCUCAUACAUACACACCCACAUACACAAACAUACGAGAGAUGGCAGGCAGCUGGAUGGAUUGGGACACAGGGUCUCUCAGUUAAGAAUCGUGCAAAAACGUUGGCAGUCAGAUGUCCAUCAGCGGGUGGUCCCUAAAACACAGCGCGCCGAACGAACGUCAGACGAACGGCAGAUCAUCAUUCGAUGUAGUGUGGUCCUUUAGAGUAUGAAGGGAAAGGCUAAACGAACAAGUUCUGUGUUUGUUUCCAUCCUUUUCAUAACGUUUUUGGGCAACAGGAAGUAUAUUCCAUACACUAGACCUGAGAUGGAAUAGGAGAGACAUUACUGUGACAUACAGUAUAGUAUAACAGUAACUCAUGCGUGACCAAUUACCCCUUAACCAAAGAGCACCUUUAACCUAUGUUUUUGAUGAUCUACUAGUGUUUCCCUGUAGCCGGUGCUUCCCAUCCAAGUAACUCAUGUGUGUUGUGUUGCCCUGUGCUCUGUGUCGCCUUCUACAGGAGGAUAAGUCGCUGCAGUUCCUAAGCCAGGAGGAGCAGGAUUGUAUCCUGUUCUUUGAGGAGACCAUCGACUCCCUGCUGACUACCCCAGCAGUAGCUGAGCUUGAUGGACCAAGACCCCCCACCCUGGCAUCCGCCCCCAGCCCUGUACCACCCCUUUCAGCCUUGGACAGACCCACCAGCCCCAAGGACCAGGACAUCAUAGACCUGGUUCGCCCAGCACAGCCUGAUCUGGUCCAGCCCAUACAGGCACCGUUCAACCCCCCCAUGCCAGGCACAGCACAGUCCACUCCUCGCUCCACCCUGAACAGUACUGUUUACAUUUGAUUAUGAUUAUCAGUCCCUUGGAUCAUUAGAAUUACUACAGUCAAAUGAGAUCAGACUUUAUCACUAUCAUCAGAAUGACAGAUUACUCAGCAUUGACAUUUGUACUGUAUAGUGAUUCUACAAGAGAUAUGAUUCAGACUUUCAAUUGAAGAUAUAGACUUGCCAUUGACCUUGUCUUUUGAAGAUACAGAAUGUAUAGAUAACUGAUGAGUUUACUUUCCAAACUCUUUCUCUUCACAGAUUUCACCCAGAAUAUGGUGAUGAACAACCCUGAGAGGCAUAUUGAGAACAAGCCGAGGCGCGAGGCGAUGGAAAACUUCCCUACAGAGUACAACCUGCCACACCCUGGCAAGGACAGCGCCCCCUAUGGCCACGCCCUGUACCAUCCUGUAGGCUCCGUCCCCACCCCCGUCCUCAUCGCCCAGAAGAUCGCCGAGCACCAGGGGAGCGGGGGGAACACCAACAUCCUCUCUUCCUCCCUCCUGUCCAACCCCCGUAGGAGCCUCGACUUAGAGAACAUAGAGAGACCACCUACCUCCCCGGAUUAUCCAAUCAAACAGGGCCCGACCACCUCAGCCAAGCCCACCCGUUACCCCGACAACAUCAGCAUGAUAAUGGGCAGCAACCAGCACCACAGCCAUUCGCUGGCCAGUGUGAACCUCCAGGACAGAAAGUCUCAGAUGCUGGCUAACCUAUCAGGGACGUCCCACCCUGUGGAGGCGGAGGAGCUCCAUGGGCUGCAGAAGGUCCAGGUAAACCUUCCCACCCGCAGUGAGUCCUUCAGGGAUCCCACUCCAAAUAAGUCCCGGAUGGAGGCAUUGUCCAAACUGGGCUUGACCCGAAACCGCUCCCCGUCAGGGGAUCUCUCUCUCCUAAUCACCCCCAACAGCAGCACAAACACCAAACCCGCUGCUGCCCCGAUUCCGGUUGCCACCCCUACACCCGUUCCUACUAAUACCCCUACACGGACACCCGUGAGUAAACCAGUCGUGGCCAGACAGGCAAGCCCCUUGCCACCAUCAACAGUCAACACCAGCUCUCACGCCAGUAUCCAUGACAACAAGCCUGCUUCUCCCCCGCCCGAAGUCUCAUCCAAGGACUUUAACAGCUAUGGCGGGAAGACCAUUGUGGUGAACCCCUCUAAGGCUGCUGCUGCUGCUCCCUCCACCGGUGGCCAUGGCAAUAAGGCCCACCCAGUGACCUCUCACAGUGACUUCAACCCUUACGGAGGGUAAGACUAAGGUAAUGACACCUGCUCCUGUUACCACAACCAGGGCUGACCCACCACAACCAGACAUCCAGAGCAGGGCCAUGCCUCCCCCAGCCUCCACCUCCACCCCAGCCAGAGUGAUGCCUCCCACAGUCUCCACCUCCACCCCAGCCAGAGUGAUGCCUCCCCCAGCCUCCACCUCCACCCCAGCCAGAGUGAUGCCUCCCCCAGCCUCCACCUCCACCCCAGCCAGAGUGAUGCCUCCCACAGCCUCCACCUCCACCCCAGCCAGAGUGAUGCCUCCCCCAGCCUCAACCUCCAACCUAGCCAGAGUGAUGCCUCCCCCAGUCUCCACCUCCUACCCAGCCAGAGUGAUGCCUCCCCCAGUCUCCACCUCCUUCCCAGCCAGAGUGAUGCCUCCCCCAGUCUCCACCUCCUCCCCAGCCAGAGUGAUGCCUCCCCCAGCCUCAACCUCCAACCCAGCCAGAGUGAUGCCUCCCCCAGCCUUCAACUCCACCCCGGCCAAAAGGAUGCCUCCACCAGCCUCCACCUCCAUCCCAACCAAAGUAGAAACCAUGCCCUACGAGGUCAACAGCUACAGGGAGAAGACCAGAAUGGUCACGCCAUCCCACACCACCCCCUCCCCCAUUACCACACCUGACAUCCUCGCACACACCUUAGUGAGGUCCCCCAGCAAAGCUUCAGCCCCAGUGCCUUCUUCAGCCCCCAGACCUUUCCGCUACAGCACUCCCCCUAGCUCCAACAGGGGUGGUGGCGUCUCCCCCUUCUCCGGAGUCCCGGCGGAAGUCCAUCUCCAAGCCUUCAUUCCGACCCCAGGGGAUCACUGUGCAGUUCUCCGGACGGGGAGUGACGGAUGAGUCGCGCAGAGAAGCGCUCCGGAAACUGGGACUGCUGAAAGACACUUUCUAACUCUCGGAUCGCACCGCUGUCUUCCCUCUUUCUCUGUCUCCUCCUCUGCAUAACCUCCAUUCAGCUUCCAGGUGGACAGACAUAGCUAAGGCCUUUGGAGUUUUUCUGAAAGGGUGUGAGGCGUGGCAGGAGAGGAUAUCUACAUUACUGGGGAAUGAAACGGGAUCCGGGCUGAAACCUGCACACCCGGUUCUGAGCGCUGAAUGCUGACAAACGAGUCGGACACGUCACAUGGCCUGGUGACAAAUGAGCACACAUACGUUUUUCAAAUACACACACAUGUAUACACACACACUUGUCAAACACACAUACACGCACUCAACAAACACACACGUGCACAUGCACUCAUACCCACAAAUACAUACACCCAACAACUCCCACGGAGCUGUUAUAUGCAUCAAAGCUCUGUCUUUUUAUUGUGCUCUAUUUAACUGUAAUCCUACUCAGAGUUUUACAUUGCCACUGAUCCAAGACAUAUUGUACUUUAUAGUAUGCAUGUACCUCUAUUGUUCUCUCGGCCAAAACAGACAAAAAACAGACCUGUACAAAGGGGAAUGCAGACAGCUGAAUGUCUUUGGCA